AUGGCGUGCGGAAUGUAUAAAUUCAUCAAGUCCUUUAAGUAUGACAAGACCAGCCCAAAGCUGGUGGCCUCGUCUCGAUCGGACACAGUGAUGUACACUGGUGGAACAAUUCGUCCAAUUGUUGCAGGAAGCGUGGCAAAGGUUGAUGCCAUCGGUUUUCAUGAUGGGAAGGUUCACUCUGUUGGCUCGCUCAAUCGUGUGAAAUCUAAGAUGGAUAGCUUGAAAAUCAAGUACGCUACUGUCAAGCUGUCAGAUGGACAGACGCUCUUACCUGGAUUGAUCGAACCGCAUGUUCACUUCGUUCCCUCAGCAAUCACUAUGGCUUGGAGCGACUUUGGUCCGUAUGAUGGACAAGACAUGCGAGCACCCUACAAUACUGACUGGUUGAAGCAAGCCCUUGCAAGUGCAAAAUCUGCUCUUGAUUCCAGUGGUGACCUGAAAAAAGGAGCCUGGAUUCUGGGUACUGGUCUAGAUCCAUCUCUUAUGCCAUUCAACUUGUCAACUGUUCGUCCAAGCGGCUUGAACAAGCUGAUCACCUUUGAAGCAGACACUAUCGAUUGCUUGGAACCAAGUACUCCCGUCUAUGUGAUCUCUGCUUCUGGCCACACUGGUUACGUCAACACUCCAGCCAUACAGCUGAUAUACGAUGCCAACCCCGACAUCAAGCAAUCUUACCCUACCUUUGCUGAGUAUCGCGAGCACGUCAAUGCAGCUGGGGGGAUGCAAGAAUUUGAAGAAAUGCUGCUUGCUGUGAAGGCUAUUCCGACAUUCCAAUUUGAGAUUGCGAGCAUUUUCGAACACCUGGAUUCUUUGUUGACACUGCUCUAUCACGAGGAGCUACAUUGAUCUACGAUGCCACCGCUUCAGACGACACUAUCAAAGCAGUUGAUCAAUACCUGAAAGUUCACCCUAAUAAAAUUAGGGUUGGCUACGCAACUAUGAUUGAAUCGCUUGCUGCUGCAGAGAAUCUUCCGGAGUACAAGCCUCUGACUAAAAUAUUCAAAAACAACUAUGCAGGGUGUGUUAAACUGGUCUCCGAUGGCUCGAACCAAGGAUUAACAGGGUAUCAAUCAGAUACAUACCGCUGUGAGCCUGCAGGCAAUGUGGGAGCCUUUAAUUUCCCUCCAUUUUCUCAGCCAAAAGAAAUGACUCCUGACUCUGAGUUCACAAAAAUGGUUCAGACGAUUGUGGACAAGGGUUGGCCUAUUAUGUGCCACGCCAAUGGUGACAUGGCCAUCAAACUCACUCUGGAUGCCUUCAAGAUCGCUCUCAAAGGAGAAAGUGGGAUACCGAAAAGGCAUCGCAUUGAGCAUUGUUCUCUUGUCGACAAAGAAACAUUGGAGCGCAUGAGUGAUCUUGGAAUCUCUCCUAGCUUUUUGGUCGGUCACAUUGGAUAUUGGGGCUACACAUUUAAAAAUGCCAUUUUUGAGGAGAAAUCCAACAUUCUUGGAGUCUGCCAAUCUGCUCUGCAGAAGGGGAUGAAAAUUUCUUUCCACAGUGACUGCACUGUAUCUCCCAUGGGUCCACUUCGAAUGAUGGAGCAGGCUAUCACGAGGAUCAUGGAAGAAGAUCCCGAAAAAAAUGUUUUGAAUGUAAGUGAAAGAGUUACACCCGAGCAGGCCCUCAAGGUCGCCACCAACAAUGGAGCAUGGCAGUGCCAAGUUGAUGAGUUUGUGGGAUCACUAGAAGAAGGAAAGCUGGCUGACUACGUAAUUCUCGCUGAAGACCCGAUAACUCGAGGCAAGCUUAACCCGGUUGGUAUGCGUGACAUACCCGUCCUUGAAACUUGGGUGGAUGGUGUAUGCAGGUUCAAGAAAUAACUGUUUAUGCUUGAAAAAACUACUCUUCUAGCCAAACAUUGUAGUUCUAUAUAGUUGUAUUGCUGAACUUUAGAAGUGUGCUUAUAGUAGUAGAAAACUGUUCCAGCCAGACAGAACACUUAAUAUGGGCUUAGGAUUAGUAGUUCUAUUUGUAGAGUUAUAAUUAUCAAGAGUUAUAAAAGUAUCGAACUUA